AUGUCCAACUGGCUCCUACCUUCCGAGACUACCCUGUUUAAACGAAAACUAUUACGCAGAAUGAAAUGGAUCGGAAUGGUGAGGCCGGCUGCCGCCGUUCGUACAAUCUACUUGGACCACGAAGGAUUGCCCAGACAAGAAGGAAUGCCGAGGGAGAAGGAAGAUUUCCUGCCAAUCAACACCACAAUCGGAGAGCUGGAAGCUUGGGGAGUUAUCCUUGACGGACUCGACAAAUUCUUGACCGAACCGGGGAAUGCCAGAGAUAACCGGCGUCUCGCACAUCGUCUAUUCGGAAUCUUCUCCUGGAUCAUGUUGGCGAGAAGACAGUGCAAGAAGGAGCUUCACGUUCUGGCCGAGUUUUCAUCGGGGCCAGAGAUAACCGGGACUAUUUUAGACCAGAUGGACCUCGUUACAAUCCUAAAUCGAGUGGCGUUGGAGGAGCAUUUGAACGCAAGCACCACCCCUGAGAUUACUAUUGGCCCGGCCGCGAUGAGUUUUAUUCGCAACGUAUUGAAAAAGCAACAGAAUGAGCAUCUGUUGAGAAUGGUGGAUGACGUGAUCUGGGAGAUCGAGGUCGAGCUUUUGACGACUCCGAACUGCCCUGCUACCCAGUACACCCGGAUCGUCUAG